AUUACCGUAAGUUUAAGCCGUCCAACAUAUAUAACUGUAAGUUUAAGCAGUCCAACAUAUAUAAUUGUAAGUUUAAGCAGUCCAACAUAUAUAACUGUAAGUUUAAGCAGUCCAACAUAUAUAACUGUAAGUUUAAGCAGUCCAACAUAUAUAACUGUAAGUUUAAGCAGUCCAACAUAUAUAACUGUAAGUUUAAGAAUUCCAACAUAUAUAAUUGUAAGUUUAAGCAGUCCAACAUAUAUAAUUGUAAGUUUAAGCAGUCCAACAUAUAUAACUGUAAGUUUAAGCCGUCCAACAUAUAUAAUUGUAAGUUUAAGCAGUCCAACAUAUAUAAAUGUAAGUUUAAGCUUUCCAACAUAUUUGACUGUAAGUUUAAACAGUCCAACAUAUAUAACUGUAAAUUUAAGCAGUCCAACAUAUAUAACUGUAAGUUUAAGCAGUCCAAAAUAA